AUGAGUCCCGCUGCACUCCACGGCACCGCCUGCAAGGUGUGCCGUCGACGAGGUCGGAAAUGUGACCGCACUCUUCCGACCUGCCUCAGCUGCAAGCGUCGAGGGGUUGAAUGCGAGGGCUAUGUUACGCGAUGGCCAGGCGUCGCGGCGCGUGGAAAGCUUGCUGGACAGUCCAUCCCAGUAGCCGCCUCGAAUUCCAUCCACGGCAGUCGAACAGGCGCUGGACAUGUAUCCAGGGGCCGACACGUCAGUGACGGCGUCGGUCGUAACCGAUAUUUCCAAUAUGUCCUUCCGCUGGUUGAUACUGUUCCUCCGAUCCGCUACGCCAUCGCCGCAUCUUCUGCAUCCCACAUCGCAGCCCGUACUUUGGACGCGGUCCUCGAUCAGAAGAGCUUGUCUCUGCGUGUGCGAGCCACGCAUCUGCUAAGAGAGAGGCUCAAUGACCCUGUCCUACCAACUGAUGAAGCCACUUUAGCCAGCAUAGUCAUGCUGGCCCAGCUCGACAUGUGUUCGGGAGACUGCUUCGAGUUCGAGACACACCUAAAAGCCGCAGUCGGCAUCAUACGUGAUCGGCAGGUGGACAGUGCAAGGAGCAGAUAUUUUUUCGAGCAGCGGCUCGCGUGGCUCGACAUUAUCAUCUCGACAACUUCCACGCGGUUACCAUAUUUUACCGUGGAGGAGCUCAAGACGGCCCUUGGACGCUUCUUGAGCCAUGGUAAACGAGAAUGGAGCUAUGACGUCUUUCCGUGCCCCGUGGAUCUGUGUGAGAUGCUCGUGGAUAUCUCAAUGCUCCACAAGAUGCAGUCCAACAGCGCAUUUGUAAGCCAGGGGGCAUUGGAGAAGGCAGAAUGCCUGAUGAGCCGCCUGCGGAGGAUGAGCCCGCCUCAGCAGGAACUCGACGGCCCGCGCGAGCAUAUGAUUGAAGCUUGGCGCCUCGGCAUCAUGGCAUAUGCACAACGACUAUUCCCACACGUCGAACGGGGAGACGAUACAGGGACACAGACACUGGUCAGCCAAGUCCUCGAGCACGCGGAACGCAUCCCACCCGCCACCUCUUGGAGCUACUCUCUGUUGUGGCCGAUCUUUCAGGUCGGGGUGGCAUUGGAUGCGCAAGCAUUGGAAGAGAAGGCGUGGAUACGAAGUCGCUUGAACACGGCUUUGCGAGCCGUCGGAUGCCGACAUUUCAGUAAUGCACUGGAGGCGCUGGAAUAUGUCUGGAAGGACCAUGGCCGUCGUGGGUCGUCUGCCAUCGACGUGUUUGGACGUACCAUUAUGCUGGGGUAG